AUGACUGUUAUCCCAUCGGCUGAACACUUGCACGUGGUGAACGAUGAAGGAAGGUAUUAUAUUUCUCUGUUCCAAGUUGACGAAUUACCAUUCCCACAUGCUUGGGCUGUCUUUAAAAGCAAGUUCCUAAUGCCGGAAGAUUAUUGUUCGGACUAUUAUAAACCAAAGUCUGUUGUAAUGACAUACGAGGUGCUCGUGUAUCUGCUGCUUGACCGAAGUGAAUGGAAUAUACCAACACAUAUAUCAGAGGAAGUUGUCUUACCACCCAAAUGGAAAAGACCUCCUGGAAGGCCAAAGAAGAAGCGCGAUAAGUCGUUAAGUGAAUUGCUUCAGAAGAAAAAUCAACAUUUGUGUAGUAUAUGUGGGUAG